UCGUUUGGGCAUCAGUCGCUCAUCAGCAGUUAUCUGGUAGCCAUCGAACCAAACUUAACCAAUCAAACAUGAAACUGGUAAUCGUCGCCCUCGCCCUCGUGGCCGUCGCCUUCGCCGCCCCCCAGGGCCAGCCCGCCGAGCCCAUCAAGAUCCUCCGCUCCGAGUUCGACCAGCAGCCUGAGGGCGCUUACGUCUUCAGCUUCGAGACUGAGAACGGAAUCUCCCGUAAUGAGAACGGUGAGGUCAAGGAGGUGCCCGGUGAGGACAACAAGCCCCAACAAGUGGUGGUCGUCCGCGGCUCCUACACCUACACCGACCCUGAGGGCAAGCCCCAGACCAUCAACUACUACGCUGAUGAGACCGGCUUCCACGCGGAGGGUGACGCCGUCCCCAAGGCCCCCGCCCGCAGAUAAGCAGCCCCACUGGACGCCGGUAAACCAUCGACUGCCACAACACUCGGUGGUUCAUCAGCUAUCUGUAGUAUAAUAAAAAUGUUGCCAUAACCAGGGGCGCGACGCGGCAUCCGUCGCCACCCCUAUUGUUGCUCGUUAUUAUUUGAUGCUCACUGCCAUAAUUUUUGUACAUUUUUGUUAUGUUUUGAUAUGUGAUUUAAAAGAUCAAUAAACCAUUUUUAA